UCCAGCGACCUCACCCGCCACGUCUACUUCCACUGCUACCACACCAAGCUGAAGCAGUGGGGGCUGCAUGCCCUGCAGAGCCAGGAGGAUGUGAGUCGCUGCCAGCUGGACUUGCAGAGCAGGAAUAUCAUCCCUGAGAUCCAGGAGAACUUCCUGUGCCUGUGGGAGUACUGUGAGAGAUCCUUUGACAAUCCUGAGUGGUUCUAUCGGCACGUGGAGGAUCACAGCUUCUGCUCUGAGUACAAGGCUGCAGGGAAGGAGAACCACGUGGUGCUCUGUGGCUGGAAAGACUGUGACUGCAGCUUCAAGGGUCGCUGCAAGCUGCGGGAGCCCCUGCGCAGCCACACGCAGGAGAAGGUGGUGGCCUGUCCCACCUGUGGGGGGAUGUUUGCCAACAACACCAAGUUCUUCGACCACAUUCGCCGUCAGACCGCGCUGGAGCAGCAGAGGUUCCAGUGUUCCCACUGCUCCAAGAGGUUUGCCACGGAGCGGCUGCUGCGGGACCACAUGAGGAACCACGUGAACCACUACAAGUGCCCCCUGUGUGACAUGACCUGCCCACUGCCCUCCUCCCUGCGCAACCACAUUCGCUUCCGGCACAGCGAGGAGAGACCCUUCAAGUGUGACUACUGUGACUACAGCUGCAAGAACCUCAUUGACCUGAGGAAGCACCUGGACACGCACAGCAAGGAGCCUGCGUAUCGCUGCGAGUUCGAGGCCUGCAGCUUCUCUGCACGUUCCCUCUGCUCCAUCAAGCUGCACUACCGCAGAGUCCACGAGGGUGACUCAGAGCCCAGGUACAAGUGCCACGUGUGUGACAAGUGCUUCACCCGUGGGAACAACCUCACUGUGCACCUCAGGAAGAAACACCAGUUCAAAUGGCCCUCGGGACACCCUCGCUUCAGGUACAGGGAGCACGAGGAUGGCUACAUGCGGCUGCAGCUGGUGCGUUACGAGAGUGUGGAGCUGACAGAGCAGCUGCUCAAGGACAGGGACAAGCAGGGGGAGACCUUGGAUGGCUCAGCUGAGUGUGUGAUGCUGCCUGAGGGUGAGGCCAACCUGCAGGGCAUCAUUUUGGAGCCCCCAGCAGAGGCUCCCCUGGCAGAGAACAGUACCUCAGAGCUGCAAGUGGCCCCACAGCACCCAACGCCUUGCUCUGCUGCCAACCCCGAGCCAGCACAGCCUAGGGCAUUCCCAGGAGCUGCACUGCCCUUGGAGCAGGAACCUGGCACCCCAUCCAGCCCCAUCAUCCGUGUGGUGAACAGGACCAACGAGCACGGGCAGAGUGAGACUGUGUAUUAUGUGAUGGCCAGCACAGCCCCCGAGGAGCAGGGCACAGCGCCUGGGGCACUGCCUGCAGAGCUGGAGGAGAAUGUCAUGGACAGGCUGCAGAAGACAGCAGAGGAACUGGGUAUCCAGAUCGUGUAA